GCAACACAAAGGACGGGGGCGAGACCCCCCGCUCCACCUGGGCACAUGCGGCCGCGGUGGCAGUGCACAGAUCGCAUCCCCACUGCCUUUUAAAACCCCACCCCGCAGCCACCGAGCAUCUCUCCCCCCACGUUUUCCACCCACCAGACACUCCCACGGCUGCCGGCAAUGGCGGCGGCGGCGGCGGCGGCGGAGCAGGACUACUGGGGCCUGUUCCGGGAGGAGACGGGCUGGUACAACGAGAUCUUCCUCAGCGCCGUCGUGCCGGGCGGCGGCGGCUGGUGGCGGGCGCUGCCGCACCCGCUCCGCUCCUGGCUGCGCAACUGCAUCGGCGGCUACCUCCUCUACUUCGCCACCGGCUUCCUCUGGUGCUUCGUCAUCUACUACUGGAAGCGCAACGCCUACAUCCCCAAAGAUGCUGUCCCUACAGUAGAAGCUAUGAAGAAGCAAAUAAUUGUUGCAUCAAAGGCUAUGCCGUUCUACUGUGCUCUUCCGUCCGUAUCUGAGCACAUGAUUGAGAGUGGAUGGACACGGUGUUUUUUUCAUAUCAGUGAAGUUGGUUGGCCUAUGUACAUUGUCUAUGUGUCUCUAUAUCUCAUCUUUGUGGAGUUCGGAAUUUACUGGAUGCACAGAGAGUUGCAUGACAUAAAGCCACUAUACAAGCACCUACAUGCAACCCACCACAUUUACAACAAGGAGAAUACCCUAUCACCAUUUGCUGGACUAGCAUUCCAUCCAUUGGACGGGAUCCUGCAAGCCAUAUCGCACGUGAUUGCUCUGUUCCUUCUCCCUAUGCACUUCAGGACGCACAUUGCUCUGUUAUUCAUAGAGGCGGUGUGGACGGCCAACAUCCAUGACUGCAUCCACGGCAAGAUCUGGCCGGUGAUGGGCGCCGGCUACCACACCAUCCACCACACGACGUACCGGCACAACUACGGCCACUACACCGUGUGGAUGGACUGGCUGUUUGGCACCCUCCGCGAGCCGGAGGAUCUCCUCAAGAAGGACUGAGCUCGUGCGAGCGCGGUCUUUCCUGUCUCUGUAGCAAUGUGAAGUGUAGUAGAAGUGUUAAGGCUUAACCCUCCAUCUGUUCUCUUAUUCUGCUGAAAGAUGUUUGUUGUUGUGUUUACGACAGUUAGCGGUGUGCUGUUUCAGUCUCAGUCCGGUAGGUGGAAAUAAUAAGGUUGUUCAUUUAGCUUUGUUCCUCUGGGAUGCGGUGAAAUCAAGGGGGCUUGUACCCUUCUCGGCAGCAUGAUGAUGGGUUUGUUUCUUGUUAUAUACAUA